AUGUCUCCCUUUCUCGCCUUCCGUGGUGGCGGCGGCAUCCGCCGCUUCUCCACCGCCGCGACUUCAUCGGCGGCUAAACUCACUAUCUCCCAAACCAAGAAGCGGCUCAGAAACACGCACGACCCCGACGAGGUCCUCAAAAUCUACUCCUCCUUCGCCGCCACUAACGACCUUGCUGACUCCUCCACCUUCGCCGCCACCCGAUUCUUCCAGGAGCUAGCCGUCGGCCGCCUCGUCAAGUCCCAGCGAUUCUCCGACAUCAAGAACUUCCUCGAAUCCCACAAAUCUAACCCCCAGAUCGCACAGGAGCCCUUCGUCUCGUCCAUCAUCCGCUCGUACGGCGUCGCCGGAAUGUUCGAGAACGCCGUCAACACCUACAACGAGAUGGACGACCUUGGCAGCCCACGGACCUCCCUAUCCUUAAACUCUCUUCUCUACGCCUGCGUCCACUCCAAGGUGUUUGACCGGGUUCCUGUCUAUUUCGAAGAGUAUCCGCUCAAGUUCGGGUUUGAACCGGAUAACUAUGCCUACGCUAUGCUGAUCAAGGCAUACUGCGAGAUGGGCUCGCCCGAGAUGGGUAUGGAGAAGCUGAGAGAUAUGGAGGAGAAGGGGAUGAAGCCCUGUGUGGUCUGUUUCUCCACAAUUUUGGAUGGUCUCUAUAAGAAGGGAUCUGUUAAUGAGGCUGAGAAGUUUUGGACCGAGAUGGUUAAUGGAAAGGGCAUCUUGCCUGAUGUGGGAUGUUACAAUGUGAGGCUCUCACAUAUUCAGGAAGGGAAUCUGGAGGCCGUGAAGGCUCUUCUUGAGGAUAUGGAGAAUGAUGGGAUAAAACCGAACACUAUCACUUACAACUAUUUGAUUACCUGCUACUGUGUCAAUGGGAUGAUGGAUGAAGCCAUGAAGGUGUAUCAUGAUGAUCUCUUGAAGGCUAAAGGACAUAACCCGAAUUCAACUACUUUUAGGACUCUGGUUUUCCAUUUGUGCAAGAAUAAGCGAUUUGUGACGGCGUGUAAGGUGUUCAAGAAGAGUGUGCAUAUGGGGAAGAUUCCAGAUUUCAACACUUUGAAAUAUUUGGUGGAGGGAUUGGCUAAGAACGGGCAUAUGGAUGAGGCUAAGGGUAUGGUUCAGACUAUGAAUAAGAAGUUCCAUCCAAAUUUGUUGAAGGCUUGGGAUAAAAUUGCCAAUGAGCUUGGGCUGGCGGGUGAUGUGGCUCAGAAUGUUGAUUCUGGUGGGGAAGAAAAGGAAGCUGAGUUGGCUGAUCAUGGUUCCACAUGCUUCACUGAACAUGAAUUUUCCAGUUCAUCUGGGGUUCAAUUAUGGAGCCCAGGUGGGAUUAAUGGUAAUUCAUCUUCAGGGACAACUAAGGACCAGGAUCAAUCUAACAGCAGUGGAGGACCAAAGGAAAAUCAAAGUGUUGAAGGAUCUCAAGGAUCACCAGGGGCGUUGAUGAGCGUUGUUCCACAGAGCAGUCAGGUGGCCAAAGUUAUCACAAGAUCUUCUUCUCAGAUAGGAGAUGAUUCUGAUCAAAAUAAAAAAGGAAAGGAACUAGUGGUGUAUGAAGCUGAACCACAGUCUAAUUUAAUGGAGGUGACGAUUCAAGGGGUUAACAAUCCUCAAGCAGGGAUACAUGAGAUCAGAGAACAAUCAAUGACACAAGGUUUAUCUCCCAGGCCAAUGAACACAAAGAUUGCUAGCAGAAGAACAUUGAAGAGAUCUAGCAGAGAAGAAGGGAGUUCAACUAAGACUCAUUUUCCUAGUUGUAUGGAGGAAAGUACUGUACCAGCAAAAAGACAGAGGGAGGCAGACAGUCUGAAUAGUUCUUCUUUGGGAACUAGUUUGCAAACUGAGGGUUAG